AUGGCAGAGGGAUCUCUCAUCAUGGCUCCCGGCGCGAGCCUGGUUAGCACCGCGCUCACGCCCAUCGCUACUCUGCACACCGGCGGCGUCCUCGACGCUUCCGUUACCCACAUCAUGCCUGGCAGCCAGACUGCCAGCCUCGCCGUCGCCAGCUCGACUGCAGGUGCUGCCCCGGCGGCGGCGCCUAGCAUGAGCGUCAUCGACAAGGGUCGCAUGGUGCAGGGCAUCUUCAAUGGCCAAAUGACCUACUACGAGACAUGGGUGCUUGCCGUGUUCAUGGCGAUCCUCAUUCUCUUCGUUCAGCCGCGGUUCUGGACGCGCCUCAUGGCGUCCGUCGGCCGCAAGAAGAAGUCGGACUAUGUCCAGAAGCCCCACUACCAGACCAGCUACGCCUUUAACAUGGAGCGUCAGCUGGGACCCGUCGAGCAGCAGAAGAAGAUCGUCGCCGGCGGCGAUCUUGGUAAGGGCUGGCUGCUGCGCAAGGGCAAGGACGUCUCGACUAUUGGCGAGCCCGAGCUCGCACCCAAGGGAUAUGGACACCGCUUCUCGACUUACCAGGGCCACAUUGGCGACUCGCGCAUGCCCCGCUCGUCGCUUCUCCCUCCCGGCCACGUCCAGCCCCUCUCGCAGCGUAGCAACGUCGACCGCCUCCUCGGCUGGGCGCCGUUUAGCCGCUGGCCGUUCCCGCUGAACACGCGUGCAAAUGUGACCCAGCUCUUCAUCAUUGGCAUCUACAUCGGCAUCAAUGUGUGGGCCGUCUGCUGGCGCUCCGAUGUUCGCAAAGUCAACCCCGUCACCGGCAUUGGAUCCGACUACAAGCGCACUGGUGCUAUCGCCAUGGCGCAGACGCCCGUCGUGAUUGCGCUCGGCGUGCGCGGCAACCUCGUCGGCCUGUUGCUCGGCAAGAGCUAUGACCACCUGCGCAUCAUCCACAAGGUGUCCGGCCGCGUCGUUUUCCUCUGCGGCGUCAUCCACUCGGCCUUCUUCAUGAACACGUGGUUGCAGGGCGGCCACUUCGCCGAGGCGAGCGCAAGCCAGGUCGGCGUGACGGGCUACGUCGCGUUCGGCGCUCUGCUGCUCAUCUUCCUGACGUCGCUCCCAAUCGUGCGCCGGUGGGCGUACAACUUCUUCCACAUCUGCCACUUUAUCGGCAUCGUCGCGUUCCUGGCCGGCCUCGGCGCGCAUGUCAAGUACACGAUGCCGUGGUGCGUCGCCGGCGGCGCAAUCUACGUCGCCAGCAUGUUGAUCCAGCUGUUCAAGACUCGCGUCGCUGAGGCUGAGCUCGUCGCGCUGCCCGGCUGCACUACCACUGUCGUCACCAUUCCCGGACUCACGACCGGCUGGCGUCCUGGCCAGCACGUUCGGUUGCGCGUCAUGUCCCUUGGCCCCGCCAAGAUCGCCGAGGCUCACCCGUUCACGAUCGCGAGUGCGCCCGACUGCGGCGGCCUCGUGCUGCUCGCCAAGGCCGCUGGCGACUGGACGACGUCCCUGUACCACUACGCCGCGACCGAGGGCGAGCUCGACCCCGAGGUCGGCGUGUUCAAGCGCCGUGCCCGUGUCACGGUCGAGGGGCCCUACGGCGGACUGGGCAACACGCUGCCGAACGCUUUCUCGUCUGUCCUCGUCGUUGCCGGCGGAAGUGGGAUCAGCCACGCCCUCGGCCUCGCGCAGGACCUCGUCAGUCGCUCGCCGUCCGGCGCCGUGCAGGCGCGCACGGUCGACCUCGUCUGGGUCGUUCGCACCGAGGCGCAGGCCAAGGCCAUCAUGCCCACUCUGCUCUCGCUCGUGGCCCAGGCUCGCCGCUGGGAAGCCCGCGCGCUCGAGGGACGCCGACAGGGUGCCGACCUCGCCAUCCCGACCGCGCUCCGCGUGCACGUCUUCGUGACCCGUCUUCCCAAGAGCUCGCCGCUCACCCUCGUGCCGAGCGGGUACAAGGCCAAGCUGCGCAAGGCGGGCAAGGAGCUGCCGCCUCCUCCCGACUCGGACUCUGAGAGUGCCGACUCGUGCGUUAAGGAGAAGGAGAAGGACAUCGAGGUGCUCAGUGACAGCGGCUCCGACACGUCCUCCGAGGGACACUGGGUCAUGUCGCGCAGCACGACAGGCACGUCAGAGGACUGGGCCGAGCUGGCCACCGCAGCCGGAUUGGGCCGCAAGCAGUCGCUGGCGGAACGCACCAAGGCUGACUGGCUCGAGCGCAACCCGUCCAACGCCUCCGUCGCCCGUCUCCACGCCCGCGUCACGGACGCCGCGAGCCCGAUGAGCACGGUCUCGACGUACCGCGGCCGGCCCGACAUUGGGGGCGUCAUCACGACGAUCGUGGACGAGACGGCGGGGCGCGAGACAAGGGCGAGCGGCAUGCUCGUCACGACGUGUGGGCCCGAGCAUCUCGUCAACGACACGCGCGACGCGUGCCGCGCCGUGCCCGGGUGGAAGAAGAGUGGCGUGGGCGGGCUCGAGUUUGAGGCCGAGUUCUUUGCCUUCUAA